GAGAGACGUAGUUUAAUAGAAGGUAACGGAAUACAGUUGCCAUUACAACCAGUUGAAAAUAUUACAAUCAGUGCAGAACUAGAUCCUGUCAAUAUCAGCGAGGAGAUGUCCAAAACUGCCAUGUGGAGAACCAUUGUAGCAAAUGAUUCUUCCUCAAAUUUAGUGAAUGAUGAAUCGAGACACUCAAGCUCCAAGAACAGAAAAAAGAAGCACAGCAGCAAGAAAUCCUCAAGAGAUAAAAGUGACAAAACAAGUUGUGAUAAUCUACCCACAAUUCCUGGCAGUCCGGGUAGCAAUGAAGAACAUCGUGAGUCACCCAAAAAGAAAGCACCAGUGAAGUUUUAUAUUGACGAUGAUAUUCACGAAGAGAAAGAAUCACUGAUUCGACCUCCAGAGAUUAUUGUCGACCCUCCCAGUGAGGUCAAUCUGAGCUCUCCAGAACACGAAGAAAGCAAAGCGUAG